GACAAGCUAACUACACACCACACUACAACACACCGCACUACCGUUACAUAUGCCUUGGUACUACUUAGUUAGUAGUCUACACGGUGAAGAUGAACAAAGUUGUCGCACUCGACAUCAACCAAACCACCCCCAUAAUGCGACGAGGCUCAAGCGCACACUGGAAGCCAAAAACUGCAUUCCAGAAAGCGAGCCCUAACUCCUCUCUCCAGUAACCGGAAGUAGUUUCUACAGUUACGCGCAUCCAGAGGAAGGAGUGUGGAGGAUCUCCGCUUGGCCACUUCUCCGCAUUCUAGUCCUGCUUUGCUUCCUUCGCCUUUCUGCGGAGGAGUGAUCGUCUAUAACUCUGUUAUAUUACUGUCGUUCCCGUUGAAAUCUGACUGUACACGAUCUUUGAAUGUCUGCAAUCUGAACUUGUCUAUCUCUGCUGGCACGCGACCAUGGGAUCGUCCAGCCAGGCCGACGCCGCGCUCGAGCGCAUGGGAUACAAAAGCGAACUGCCGCGACACCUGAGCAUGCUGAGUGUUCUGGGGCUCUCCUUCGCCAUCAUCGCCGCCCCCUUCGGCCUCAGCACAACCCUCUACAUCACCCUGCAAGACGGCCAGUCCGUUACCGUGCUCUGGGGCUGGGUCUUCGUCACGCUCAUCUCCAUUGCCAUCGCCGCCUCGCUCGCCGAGAUAUGCGCCGUAUACCCAACCGCCGGGGGCGUGUACUACUGGAGCGCCAUGCUGUCCACGCGCGAAUGGGCCCCGCUCAUGUCCUUCAUCGACGGCUGGUUGACACUCGUUGGGAACUGGACGGUGACGCUGAGCAUCAACUUCUCCGGCGCUCAGCUCGUUCUCAGCGCCAUAUCGCUCUGGGAUGAAAGCUUCGUGCCGAAUCAAUGGCAGACUAUACUCAUGUUCUGGGCAGUGAUAGGCUUCUGUGCGCUGGUUAAUAUUUUUGGGUCCAGGCAUUUGGAUCUGAUUAACAAGGUCUGCAUUUCCUGGACGGCGGCUAGCGUGGUUAUUAUUUUGGUUACGCUGCUCACUAUGGCUGAUCAUCGUCGGUCUGGCGAGUUUGUCUUUGCACACUACGAUGCGUCGACGAGUGGAUGGCCCGCUGGAUGGGCCUUUUUCGUCGGCCUCCUCCAAGCUGCCUACACACUGACCGGCUACGGUAUGGUCGCAGCGAUGUGCGAAGAAGUGCAAAACCCACACCUAGAAGUCCCUCGUGCUAUCGUCCUCUCCGUCGUGGCCGCCGGCAUCACAGGCCUCCUGUACCUCAUCCCUCUUCUCUUCACCCUCCCCCCCGUCGAGCUCCUCCUCGGCGUCGCCAACGGCCAACCCAUCGGCCUACUCUUCAAAACUGUCACUGGCUCUGCCUCCGGCGGGUUUGGUCUGCUCUUCCUCAUCCUCGGCAUCAUGCUCUUCGCCGGCAUCGGCUCCCUCACUGCAGCCUCCCGCUGCACCUACGCCUUUGCACGCGACGGCGCAAUCCCAGGCUUUAGGGUGUGGUCGCAAGUCAACACUACGCUCAACGUCCCCGUCAACGCCAUCCUGCUCUCCACCCUCGUCGAUGCUCUCCUUGGCCUCAUCUACUUCGGCUCCAGCGCCGCCUUCAACUCCUUCACCGGCGUCGCGACCAUCUGCCUCUCCACCUCCUAUGGCGUCCCCAUCCUAAUCUCCGUCCUCCGCGGCCGCACCGCAGUGCAACACUCGCCCUUCUCACUCGGCAGAUUCGGCUAUGCAAUUAACAUCGUCACAAUCAUCUGGAUUUGCCUCGCCGUAGUGCUCUUUUGUAUGCCCGUCUCGCUCCCCGUCACAGCCGCCGGCAUGAAUUAUGCGAGUGUCGUGUUCGCGGGCUUUGGCAUGAUUAGUGUGCUGUGGUAUUUCGUCUACGCGAGGAAGAAGUUCACUGGUCCUCCGGUUAUGGCCGAUGAAGUGAGCGCACAGGUGGGCGUGGUGAAUGGGAAGGCUGUUGGGGAUCAAGGGGAGGAGGGCGAGGGGGUUGAAAAGGUGGAGUUGUAACAUACAUCAUACGAUCUUAAAAUGUGU